AUGAAUACACAAAUUAAAGCAACAAGACAACCAUUAUCUUAAAUUGAUUUUAAUUAAGAUUUAGAUAAUUGUGGUACAACACCUAAACAUAAAUAAUUCAAAACUGCUAUUACACUCAAUAGUGAUUAUAAGAAUAAUCAAAAUUAUAAUGUUCAAUUCAAGGUUAAAUAGUAAAAUCAACCUAUGGAUUAACCUAGUAUUAAUAAUGCAAGUAGACUUAAUGAGAAUAAUGCAAUUUUCAUGAGUCCUGCACCACUUCGUAGAAAUACUUAAUUUCAAAUAUAAUAAUAAUAAUAAUAACAGCAGAUCACUUCACCAUUGUAGAAAAACUAUAGUUAGAAGCACUUUUAACCUAAUUCUCCAAUUACAAAACAUAAUAUAUAAUUUAGAGGAGUUUCUCAAUAACCUUUUAAUUAAAAUGUAUCUCAUACAACAACUCAAAAAUUAGAAUCAGAUGUUCAAAAUUUGAAGAAUUAGAAUCAUGCAUUAUAAUAAUAAAUAUUUUAAUUAGAAUCUAAUAUAUAAAGAGGAAAUAGUACUCAAUUCAUUAAAGAAUUAGAAAACAAAAUUUUAAUGCUUUCAAAAUUAAACGAAAAAUUAAAUUAAGAUAAUUAACAAUUAUUAAAAAUAAGUGAUGUUGAAUAACUGAGAAUAGAGAAAGAUCAUUAAUCUAAAAAAUUAGAGGAAUUAGAAAGUCAAUAUGAAAAUUUAUUAUAAUAAUUUGAAUAAUUUGAUUGUUAAAAAUUGAAUGAAUUACAGUAAAUGAAUUAAGAAAACAAGAUAGAAAAUUUAAUAGUUGAUCUAGAAGAUAAGAUUACUGGAUUAAUAAUUGAGAAUGAAAAGUUGAAUUAAUAAAUUUAAGAAGGAUAGAAUAUUGAUUAAAAUAUUGAAUAAUUAUAGUUAGAAGUGCAAUAACAUUAAAUUACAUAUUAAAAAUUGAAACAUGAAGAGGUUUAAUAUAGAUUUAAAUAUGAUACAGCAAAUUAUGAUGAGAAAGUAAGCAAGAGACAUUAGUUAAAUGAUAAUAGAGAUAAAGUAAUAGAAAAAGUAUUAGAAUUAGUAUUAUUAAAUAGAUUAAACUCUUGGAAGAAGAGAAUUAAAAAUUGAGAGGAUUAUUAAGUGAUGUCGAUUAUGAAGAGGAGAUUAAGGAUCUGGAGGAUAGGGUAAAUCAUUAAUAAAUGAUGUUAGAUUCGAGUGAUAGCAUAGGAUAAUAAAAAGUUAGAAAUGUAAUUGCUAUAAAAAUGAUAUAUAUAAUGUUUCAGCUUAUUUCAAAAAUUAAUUCCGAAGGUCUUGAUUUUAUAUGAAUUAUUUAAUAAAAUGAAGAGUUGUGAUUUAUGCAAAAAUGGAUCAAGGAGAAAGAUGAGAGAUUACUUGCAGGAGAAAUACUUUGAAGCUUUUAAUUUCUACUUUGCAAAACCUAUCAAUGAAAUAAUUGCAUAGAUUCCUCACGCCCCUCAUGUAAUAUAUUUUAAGGAUUAUGUAAUCUUAGAUGAGCGGAUGGAAUAUUUGAAAAGGUAUAUGGUGUUGGUAAUGUUAUAUUACAAGAUUCUACAGCUAAGAGGAAGUUAAGCCACGUGUUGAUAUCCUUACAGAGUUUUAUACUUAGAAUUACAAGCAUAUGCAUCCAAAUUUAUGUGUAAUAGAUGCUCAUAAGAUCAUGAAUAAGAGAAACAAUAGAUAUGAUAAAUUGUUUUAUUAAAAGGAUAACGAAUAAAGUCAGUAAUAAGUAAUUAGUCGGCAAGUGUUGAAUUCAAAAUUGACAGAGAAUAUCAGUUUCGAAACACAAGAACAUGACAUUUAUGAGGAAGGCACUUAAGAAACUACUAAAUAAGGUCUUGAUUUAAAGGGAUUGCAGAUUAUCAAAAACCUUUAACAAUUAAAUCGAUCAGAAUAGUCUGACAUCACACUGAAAGAUUGCAUUAUGCAAGUGAAUCAAUUAUAUGGAAAACAUAAGAAAUAAUCCACAUAUUCAAAGAGCAUUAAACAACGCAAAUAACCAGAUAGCUAUAAGAAAGGUAUAACAAAGUCUAUUAUAGGGACUAAUUCUAAAAGCGAAUCUAAAAUUUUAUCGAAUAUUAAAUCAAAUAAGGAAGAACCCUUAGAAUUGGGAAAUGGGGUUGAACAAUUCAAUGAUUUUGAUGCUAAACCUAAAUUGACAAGAAUGUAGAGUGAUUCAUAAACGAUAUAGAGAAUGCUUAAGGAAUAUUAGAAGAUGAAACAAUUGAGAAAUACAGUCUCAUCCGAUUUGUUACCUAUGAGUACUUCUGUUUAAGGAUUUUAAGGUUAAUAAAAAAGUAUUAGAUAAGAUCAUAAUAAUAAUAAUGGGAGUAUGCAUAGUAGUACAUCAACUAAACAAGAAGCACUUAAAAAAGUAUAUUAACCUUUGCCCAAGAAAAUUACAACUAAUUAAAUUGAUAAAAUUGCCAAGGGAGGUUGUUUAACAGAUAGAACUUAUAAAAGACCUCCUCCGAUUUCUGAGGAUCUUAUGCUUAAGAUACAUGAUUAAAUAAAGGGAUUGAAUACUGUUGAAAGUAAAUAGAAAGUUGAAUUUAAAUAUAUGAUUCCAUCAUAAUAUAAUUCAUAAUAAAAUCAAAAAUUAGUAAGCACUAAAGCUAAAUCAUCAAAUUCUAAAAAAAUAAUAAGUGACUUAGGCACUAAAUCAUAACAUAUAAAUAAAUAAACCACAUAGAAGACUGAUGAAAUUGUUAAGAAAUAUAUUUAAUUUGCUUAAUAAACAAUGAAGAAAAAGUUUGAUUUUAAAUUAAACUUAUAAGGAUUAAAUGAGGAACCUUAAGAAGAGGAAGUUUGUAAUAUAUAUAUUUUAUAAUCCAUUAAGCUAGCAAGCGAAACAAUUUUUAUACAGAAAGACACAGUCAAGUAUAGGAUAGAGAACAAUUCAAUUCUCAUCGAAAAAUAUUAUAAAAAUGA